AUAUUUUCCUACUGUAUCCACGCCUAACGUUCUCGAAUUUCGCCCCGCGAUGGACGUAUCGAAUAUCCUAGCAUCGCAUGCUGCAAAAUAUCAAUCUGUCACAGUCGAGAAAGAGACACCUCUCGACGUAGACAUAGGCUUCCUAACCGUGACAGACCUCACCCCAAUUGACGAGGAUAGCUACAUAUCAAAUCUUGAAGAAUACCUACAAUCGACUGCUCGAGACGGCAUCCAAGCAUUGAUCGCAGCACUCUAUGGCUUGCCCACCCAGCCCUCACCAGACGGUCCACUUGCCCAACUUCCUACACCGACGACACAGCUUCCUCGCGCCAAACCCCUGCCGAAGCCCAAACCGCCGACGAAAUGGGAACGCUUCGCUGCUGCAAAGGGUAUCCAGAAGCGUGUGCGUGAAAAGAAGGUAUGGGAUGAAGAGCGACAGGAGUGGGUCAACCGCUGGGGCAAGGAUGGUAAAAAUAAGGAGAAGGAGGAGCAGUGGAUUCACGAAGUCAAGGCUGAUGCUCCCGUGGAUCAUGAUCCUGUCAAAGUCGCCCGUGAUGCACGCACAUCGAGAGUCGCAAAAAACGAACGACACCGACUCCAAAAUGUUGCUCGUUCACACACCGCUGCUGGUGAGCGGGAGGAACGUAAAAGGGAUAUCGAGAAGACUCUGGCUACUACUCGAAUAAGUACGGCAAGCAUGGGCAAAUUCGACAAGAAGCUUGACGGAGAGAAGAAACUGAGAGGCGUCAAGCGCAAGUUUGAUGCUGCAGAAACAUCUGUGGAGCAAGAAAAGCAGACAUCACUUGCAGUACUGUCGAAGUUGGAUAGUGAUGCAAAGAGAGCGAGAAAGGGGAAAGGUACAGGCGAUGAAGUUCUCAACGUACGGAAGGCAAUACGGAGCGUAAGCAAGGGCAAAGGUGGUGUGGCUCUCGCUCGGGAAGCCAACAGAAAAGGAGCCAAAGGCAAACGAGGCGGUAAACGUUAGCUAGUACGUGGGCCAGGCGACAUUGCAUAAUACUUCAAAGUGAUGCAAAUGUUUCGACAGAGGUGUUGGCACGUUAAAUAUUCUGACUUGGCACACGGCGGACGGUAGUUCGGCAAAUGUCCUGUAACUGUAUCUUUUCCUCGUGCACCGCCGGUAGUUCCGUUGUCCAGAUCGCGCACUACCCACCAGCGCGGCAUAUGCUCUGGCUAGGGGAGACUACCUGCCAGCCUACAAAAGUCAAAACAUUGUGAACAUCGCAUAUAUUCCACUGAAACUGUACGGUGACCCGUUG